ACCACCUGCUCCCUCCCCUCUCAUUAUCUCCUCGCCCCGCAAACCCUAGCCUACCUCCUAUUUUCCUCCUCCCUCACGCCGCCGCCACCCUCUUCUCUCUCCCCUUUCUUUUCUCUGUAAACCACCGCGCGACGUCGUCGGAUCCACCAUGGCGCCGUCGCUACCGACCAUCGCUCGACGAACCAAGGCCACCAGAAUCACCGCCUCAUCGUCCUCGUUCCACCGGUGCCCUAAAUCGGUCCGGGGGCGCUUCCAAUCGUCUCCAAGGACGUCUUCCCCCAACUCUGGCCGUCGGUGAUUUCUCCAAAUUCCGGCGAACCUCGACCUCCUGCGACCAAGCCCACCCCUCCUAGAGCAUCCUGGUCCACGUCACCGGCGGUUCUCCGUCGACUUCCAGCCCCUGGCGCUGACCUCUCUUGGUCCGCACCGACGAGGCAAGCGCGACGUCCAACUGCGCGCUUCCUGGGGUCAUCUGCAUCGCACGCGCACGUCUCCGUCCGGCCGCGGUGACCGCCACUCCCCUCGCCGCGCGCGGCAUCAACCAGCCGAGCACCUUCCGUGCGUGCCGCGCAUGGUUCGCCAGCUCAGCGGCCACGUCAUCCACCGGGCCCCAUCCGUCAUCGACCUGGCUAGGUUUCCCUUCGGUGAGAAAAUCCCAUCAGAUUCAGAUCUGUGCAACUUUGCACCGAGCCCCCUUGCUAUUUUGAUUCAUGAACCCGCAGUUCCUGCCCUUGCCAUUUUCGAGAAAACGCCCUGCACCUUUUCUAAAUCAACCCACAGUCCUCCCCUGGAGAGGACUUUGUUUUCGGGUCCUUUUUCUUUUAAAAUAAAAUGUUGUUUAUCUAUUUUAAAUAAUAAACACUAAUCUUUACUAUUAAAUUGCAAUAGGUGACUGCCUGGUGUCACAAACGGGCCAAAGUUUUUUUCUCUAGACCCGACGUCUUCUGAAAAUUCUAGGCCCAAUAUCUCUGAAUACACAUAUUUCCUUGGUACCUUACCUACAUAAUAAUAAUAAAAACCACGAUCGGACCUGGGUUAGGGACUUGGCGUCCGUGUCCAAGUAGUAUAUCCGGUUUCACAUAAAGUUUGAUUGAAAUUAUUGGUCUACAUUUAUUUAGAACUCUAAAGACAACACGCAGGCUGUCGUGCCUAUGCAGCAUAGCUGCGCAAGGAACCAGCGCUGCAAGAAAACUAAACGUGCACGAUCCACACAAAUGAAAAAUUUAAAACAAUAUAUACGUAGCGACCUUCGCGGCCUCCUCGUCCAUCCAAAUAGGCAUGCACCGGGGCAACAUAAAAAAACACGAUCUCCGUGUCCGUCUUGAUCUCCUCUAGCGAGACCGGCACACAAGUACUCUGCAGGACCUGAACCCUACAAGGCUUGUCUCACACCGUAUUUCUACAGACACAAAUUGCAAGUUUCCUCUCUCGAGUCUGGUCAGCCAUGGCGUAUUGAUCAUGGAGUGGUUGCAAAACAAAUGCACAUAUACAAUACGGUGGAGUGGUUAUAGCGUGGACAUCGACCAUGGCAGAUCAAGGCCGUAUUGGUCAUGGAGAUCCUGUAUGUGAUCUACUACAGCAAAUGCAUGCGAUUUAUCACGAGCUUUCAAAUUUCGGUUCUUGUAAUAUAUUGGUAUAUUUCAAGGUUUUAUAAGUGGAAGAAACAAUUUCGGCCAAUUUUAUCGAAGUUUAACACAAUUGAACAAAUUUUCUAAUUUGACUAACACAACGACAUCCGCUGCAAAAAAAAGAUGAUGAUGUUAUUGACCACGUUUCAUACUCCGCUGGUUCUCUUUGCAUGGCACCGAGUAGCGGAACAUAAAGGAAAGCGCUGAGUGUCCUCUGGGGAUCAAAUCCCUGAUCCCCGAGUCCAUAGCCGUUAGAUCGGGGUCAACCCUGUGCUUGCAUCCAUCUGAUCAACAUGUGCAGAAACAGUUUGUCCAAUCGCACCAGAUGGAUGGACCCUACCAUCGACAUGCCCCCAUAGUUUGCAUGGACUGCAACCAGUAGCAGUAAAAUCGCCGGAACUCACCCGCCUCCACCGCCGCUCGUAGUACAACUGCCACCCCCAGUACCACCACCGCUCGCAGCAGUACCGUCGCCGCUCGCAGCAUCUCCGGCAAGGGCUGGUAGCACUUCCGCCUGCCACUAGCACCAUCGUUGCUCUCGCCGGCAACACCACCGCCCGCCACCACCUCCCCAUCAACCACGAUGAACCUUUGGAGCAAGGCCACCAGCCCCUUGCAACAACUUCCUCGCUGGUGGAAGCAACCACCUCCGCCCGCCUGUAGCAACCACCUCCGCCGGUGGCAGCAAAGCCCUGAGCUCCUUGUAGCAAGGUCGGCCAACGCUGGCACAACGCCGUUAGCAACCGCCUCCGCCACUGGGAGCAACACCGGCAGCCGCCUUGGAACAAGGUGGGCUGCCCUUUGUACCAAGACCGACCGCUCUUUGUAGCGAGACCGGUCGCAGCAACCACCUUCGCCGCUAACACCUUGCAGCAAGGUCGUUCAGCCUUUGUAGCAAGGCGGCUGCCGCGGGUAGAAAUCGGCUUCGCCGAUGGCAGCAACAGCCUCUCCCUACCAUCCUUGUCUGGAGCAUAUUCAUGGCGGCGACCGUCUUGACGAGAUAAGCGCGGGGUAGCGACGGGAUUUGUAGCAACGGCGGUGCCUCGCGCAGCAGCGCCUUGAGGAGGCGGGAGAUGGAGGGAUUGGGGGCGGCGUGCUCGAGGAGUUGGAGGCCAGCGGCGAGGCGACGCGUUCGCGGAUGUGGCAGCCGGAGGAGGUUGCACGGAGUGCUCGCCGGAUGGCGGGGAGGAGGCACAUCGACGGUGUGUGGCGUGGCGCCGGGGCUUGCGGUAGAGAGAAGUCUUGUUUUGGUUGGGGAAUCGCUAGGUACAAGACAACGACAUGAUAAGGCUUGGGAGGGGGCCCACCCACGUUGUCCAGUAUCCACACAUGCUGGAGUGACGCGUGUCACGCGCGCGACACGGAGGAACAAAUGCAAGCGAUCCCCCGGGUGAUUCUAGCGUUCUCCGAACAUAAAUCAAGGCAAUAUUGGCAUUGCCAAAAAGUCCGGCUACAAUAAUGACAUAACAAAGUAGUUAUGAAACUUUGCCCGUAGCAACGCACGGGUAUUUAGCUAGUUUGUUAAUAACUUUUAAUUGGUAGCUCCAAAUAAAAAGUGUUAUAUAUAAAAAUUGUUCAGAAAAAUGAGGGGAACAUAAAUAUGCCAUCCAUGUCUGAUGUUGCAUCAUGCUUCAUACAUCUCGAGAUAGUUUGCUUAUCACCUAUUAUGUAACAUAUGGAAUAUGUGGGAUAUUACAUAACUGUUGUCCCGAGUGCAUUUAACUUUGCUGUAGCUCACCCCUGCCAUGUUUGCCAUGCUAACCAACACUUAAAUUUGUCGGUAGAGAUGUGUUGUGGGUAUACUUCAUGGGUGUACCAUCGACAGUGCCUAGAUCCGGCAAGCCCGGGUGGCCCACAGAUGGUGAUGUGGCAUGUGGCCCAUCGGGCGGCCCAGUUGCUGUUGAUCCUGGCGGAUGAAGUCCGGCCAGGCAGAGGGAGCCGGAUCCGACCGACCUUAAGGAGGAACCCGGAUCCAUGAAGGCCCAGUAAGGAACCCGGAUCCGGUACGACAUAGAUGGGAAGGCGGAUCCUUAACGUGCACGACAAGACAUUGUACCGUAGUUAGGCAACCUGUAUCCGGCUAGGACUCUCCAUGUAAACCCUAGAUCCGUGCGCCUUUAUAAGCCGGAUCUCGGGAGCCCUAGAGGCACAACCACAACUCAUUGUAACAACGCGAAAGCGCCCAGAUAAUUCCAGACAAGCAGCAGUAGGCCCUGUCAUCGUGCAGGUGUUCCAAAGCUGGGUAAAUCGCGUACCACCGUCCCGUGUGCACUCCGCCCUAUGGCCCCUACUUCUUCUUCCCCUCGUGAGGAUCCCUCCUCCGAGGUAUCGUCGAUUAGGCAACGACAGUUGGCGCCCACCGUGGGGCCUGCAGCGUCUGGAGGCCGGAACCGGGAGGGUUCCGCCAUGGGAAGCUUCGACGACACCAUCGCUGUGGGGCGCGUCCUUUACGCCGGAAAUCUACCGUUCGUCCCUCCGGAUGAGUGCUGGAUUCCGGCUAAGACAAACCCCGUCAAGCUCUCCAUCGUCCCAGUUGGUGGCAUACACAUCUUCAUCGGGGAAACUGUCGAUUCCGACGGAAACCCGCUGGUAAGUAACGCAGACGCGACCGCCGCUGAGCUGGACGCAGUCGCGAAGAUCUGAUCUGAGAUGCAGGAGCUUCCCAAGGAAGAUUCCGCCUUGGAUCUGGAAAUUUCAAAACCCACCCAAUCCGCCCCUGAGCAGGAAAUAACGGUGGAAGACCAAUGCAGAUCCGCCUGGGUCUCCCAGGUGUUAGAGAAGCAGAGGUGUCACUUCGUACACUUCUUGGCCCAUACCGCCGGAACCGCCCCUCAAGAAGCCGGAGCUGGUCCCGAGCAGGUCGAGGCACCGGAAAACGACGCUGCCCCGGAUCAGGUCGAGCCUGUCGGAGAAAGCGGAACUCCGGCCGAAGAGUCGAUUUUGGGCAACCUAAGCCCGAUUUCCGGGGAUACCCCCUCCAUGGAUACUGAAGAGUUCAACCGCAAGCUAGGGGAAUACGGGUUCGGUGACCAGCCUGAGGUUGAAUCCGCCCAGCCUAAAGAGGUACUCGCGACCGUGGCGGCGCUGGGACAACCUGAAUCAGAAGGCGAAAACACCCCAUCCGACCCCCAACCAUCCCGUCAAGGAUCUCCAAUGUCGCGGGAACGACCGCGCAAGGAGCCCUCCUCCGAGGACCUCCUGACACCGGAGGAGAUGGUUGCACAAGCAGGCAUGGAUGCAAUUUAUCGCUCGGAUAUUCUUAACAAACCCAUCACUCCCGAAGACGCAGAAGCGCUAGAAGCCAAAAGACUGGACAUGCUGGCCACAGCCAAGAAGUUCGCCGAUACUGCAGCUGCAAUGCUUGAUGAAAGGAAGCACGCCGCAGUUUUUGUGGAAGAUUUCAUCCAGCGCGAGCAGGAGGUUGACGAAGGACUGGCAAAGGUCAAGGAACUCCGGAAGCAUUGGGAGGACAAGAUCGUUGAGGCUCAUCAGGAGGUCGAAAGAGUCCGGUGAGAGUUGAUAGCUCCCCGUAAGAUUACCUUCGCAACUCCGACUGAGCAGCAGCCGUACGCCACUCCGAAGGACAAUAUGAAGAAGGCUGCGGAGAUCUUAAAGAAAAGGGACGAAGAGGUCGACCUCGACUACGUCCGUACGCUCGUCACUUCAGCAAUGAAGCAGCAGAGCAAGGCAGACACUUCGCAUCUCCACUACGCAGAAGGAUGCCUACGACAAUCGCCAUCGAGAUGACGAAUCGCGAACCGGAUCCUCGGAACGCAGAAGGAAAACCAGAGAACACCCAAAUCCAAUCCCAGUACCGUCAAGGACACCUCCGUCAGAUCCGAAAAAGGGAAAGGAUGCAAUGUACUCCAGCAGGGACAAGUACCGCAAUCCCUCUCCUCCGCCUAACGGACACCCGCGUCCCCCUCGCCGCCGUAGUCCAGCCGGAAACAUCAGGCCCCAUGGGCAUGGUGGAAUCAUCAUCCGCGACAACGUGCUGCCCUCAAGAAACAGGAACAGGGAGCGUACGCCGGAACCCCGCCGGAGCCAGCACAACGAUCGUGAGCCCGAGCCUAGGAGGAGUCGGAACGAAGACCGCGAACCGGAGCCACGCCGGAACCGAAACGACCAUGGCAGCCAGCGCCAAGGCGAAGGCAGCCACAGAAGCCGGAGCCAGCAUCGGGAGGGGCGAGGAGAAUCUGAUGGCGGAAGAAAAAAGUCGGAUCGGCCCCCUCGCAGGUCUCCCUCACCACCACCUAGCGGUGGCGGUGGAGGUGGACGCGGAAGCGGCGGCCGGAGAUCUCGCUCUCGCUCACAUUCUCCUCGCCACGGCUCGCGUGACGCGCGGGAACACCUCAACGAAUACAGAACUGAUUACGUCGGACCGAAGUGCUUCGGCAGAAUGAUUCGAGAGGAACCAAAGCCAAUGAUGAACCUCAAGCUACCCGGAAACCUGAAGCAUUAUGAUGGCACCGAAAGGCCGGAUACCUGGAUAGAGGAUUACUACAAUGCAGUAACCUUUGCCGGAGGAACCCCUAAUAUCGCCUGCCGCAUGCUCCAGCUGUACCUUGUAGGUCCAGCCCGGAUCUGGCUCAGCGACCUCGAGAAGAACUCCAUCUUUUGCUGGUUUGACUUGAAGACCGCCUUUGAGAAACACUUCAGGGGCACCUACAAAAGACCUGCCACAGCAAGCGACUUACAGGCAUGUAUUCAGAAGAAAGGAGAAUCCUCGAGACACUUCCUCACACGAUGGUUGGCAUGCAGGAACGAGUGCGAAAAUGUCGACCACACCACCGCUAUGUACGCCUUUAUUGGUGGACUGCAGAGAGGAGGAUUGCUGAGGCAUAAGCACACUUGUUUGGCUAACGCAAAUAAUCUGACUUUGGAUGAAAUGAUCUCCAUUGCCAGUGAUCACACUGCUGCCGAUGAUGACGCAAGCGGAGAUCUCGCAGCUACAGCAAUCCCCCUACAUCAACAAAAGAAGAACCGUGAUAACGGCAAUAGCAGUAGCCACAAGCGCAAAAACCCUGAUGACCAGAAGAGUGGCGGAUCCGAGAUGGUCGCCAUGGCGUUCCAACGCGGAGGUCCAGGAGGCGGAAGAGGACGCGGCCGUCGAGGCGGAGCCGGCAGGGGCCAGCAGCAUGGCACUAAGGUCACAGCUGCCGGAUCCCGCGCCCCGCAAACCUACGAGGAGUACAGAGACAUGCCUUGCCUGGCCCACCUGGAUCCGGUCACGGGGAAGUCCACUCACACCAACCGCAACUGCAAGUGGGUUGAUACGUCUCUGACGUAUCGAUAAUUUCUUAUGUUCCAUGCCACAUUAUUGAUGAUAUCUACAUGUUUUAUGCAUACUUUAUGUCAUAAUUAUGCGUUUUCCGGAACUAACCUAUUGACGAGAUGCCGAAGGGCCAGUUGUUGUUUUCUGCUGUUUUUGGUUUCAGAAAUCCUAGUAAGGAAAUAUUCUCGGAAUCGGACGAAAUCAACGCCCAGCAUCUUAGAAUCCCCGGAAGCAUCCAGAACACCCGAGAGUCGCCAGAGGGGAGCCCUGGUGGGCCCAGGAGGUAGGCCGGCGCGGCCCAAGCCCUGGCCGCGCCGCCCUAUCAUCUCACCGCCUCUUCGACCCUCUGACGCCGCCUCUUCGCCUAUAAAAAGGUCCCUGACCUAAAACUUCGAUACGGAAAAGCCACGGUACGAGAAACCUUCCAGAGCCGCCGCCAUCGCGAAGCCAAGAUCUGGGGGACAGGAGUCUCUGUUCCGGCACGCCGCCGGGACGGGGAAGUGCCCCCGGAAGGCUUCUCCAUCGACACCACCGCCAUCUUCAUCAACGCUACUGUCUCCCAUGAGGAGGGAGUAGUUCUCCAUCGAGGCUCGGGGCUGUACCGGUAGCUAUGUGGUUAAUCUCUCUCCUAUGUACCUCAAUACAAUAAUCUCAUGAGCUGCUUUACAUGAUUGAGAUUCAUAUGAGUUUUGUAUCACAAUUCAUCUAUGUGCUACUCUAGUGAUGUUAUUAAAGUACUCUAUUCCUCCUGCAUGGUGUAAAGGUGGCAGUGUGUGCAUCAUGUAGUACUUGGCGUAGUUUAUGAUUGUGAUCUCUUGUAGAUUAUGAAGUUAACUAUUACUAUGAUGGUAUUGAUGUGAUCUAUUUGGUUAUGUUGAUCUAUCUUGCACUCUAAGGUUAUUUAAACAUGAAUAUCGAAUAUUGUGGAGCUUGUUAACUCCGGCAUUGAGGGUUCGUGUAAUCCUACACAAUUAGUGGUGUUCAUCAUCCAACAAGAGGGUGUAGAGUCUAGCAUCUAUCUAUUUAUUCUG